AUGCUGCUACUCUCAAUGCAACGAGGACACUUCUUCUAUGCUCUACUCUUUGCUCUUCUCCCAAUCUUUGCCUCUGCGCAAGGAUCAACCGUGCACCUUCUAGGAUCUCCCGGACGUUAUAAGCUUGCAGAUCGCCGUGAUGCUCCAGCCAUUCAUGUUUCUGGAGAUGACUACGCCGGCAUCAUACGUGCUGCCAAUGACCUAGCCGAAGACUUUGGGCGGGUGUUGGGGGUCGAUGCAACGGUUCAAGUCAUCAAUGCGACUGGAGCCGGCGAGGCUUGGGACACAGACAAAAACGCAGUUAUCAUCGCGGGGACUAUCGGCCAUUCGCCGCUCAUCGACAGCAUUGUCGAGGACAACAAGCUCGAUUACCCAGUAGACGGCCUAGACUGGGCACUUGUCAUCGCGGGCAGCGACAAGCGCGGAACCAUCUACGGGCUAUAUGAUCUCUCUGAACAACUCGGCAUCUCACCCUGGUACUGGUGGGCCGACGUCCCCUUCAAGACCAAAGACACCGUCUGGGUCGGUAAUGAGAUAAAAAUCCAAGGCCCACCGUCCGUCAAAUACCGCGGCAUCUUCAUCAACGACGAAGCGCCCGCAAUAACCGACUGGGCGAAGAAGACAUACGGAUUCUCGAAUGAUCCUUUCCGGCGUGAGUUCUAUAAACGAGUUUUAGAGCUCCUCCUCCGUCUUCGCGCAAACUACCUCUGGCCCGCGAUGUGGAGCAGUGAAUUCUACAAGGAUGAUGCGCAGAAUGGCCCCCUGGCCGAUGAGUUUGGAAUUGUUAUGGGGACGAGCCAUCACGAACCCAUGGCGCGUGCUGGGGAGGAGCAGAAGAGUGAGAUGGAGGGCGUGUGGGAUUGGGGCAAGAAUCGGGAGAAUAUCACAGAGUUCUUUCGGGGUGGAGUCGAGCGGGCGAGCGGGUGGGAGACAUCUUGGACUAUGGGGAUGAGGGGGUCUGGGGAUGCGGCGUCGCCGACGUUGACGGCGGAUGCGCUUGAGGAGAUUAUUGGGGUGCAGCAGGGGCUGUUAAGGGAGGUUUUAGGCGAUAGUCAGGCGGCUUUUCCGCAGGAGGUUGGAAAGUAUUACCAGGCCGGCAUGAAAGUGCCUGAUAAUAUUACUCUCCUCUGGACCGAUGACAACUGGGGCAAUCUUCUCAGAACCCCGCUUGCCAACGAGACUGAUCGGACCGGUGGUGCAGGCGUGUAUUAUCACUUUGACUACGUUGGCAGCGUGCGAAGCUACAAGUGGAUUAGUACCAUUCAGCUGGUCAAGACCUGGGAGCAGAUGCAUCUUGCUUAUGAGCACCAAGCGAGGGAUUUAUGA